AUGGCUUCCGAGGCUGCCCCGGGCCUGGGUCUGGUCUCACCGCCCUGGCCCAGGCCACAAAUUUGCCCCGAAGUCGCAUAUGGAUCCCUUUCGUUCUCUCGAUGCUCGCCUCGCUCGCCACAAUCCUCGCUCUCAUCUUCAAAUUGGAGGAUUGCGCGGAGCUCCAGCGCCAAAUCGCGAGCGAGAAGCUGCUAUCCAGGGCCCUGUUCCAGGCCAGUGACACGCUCAAGAGCAUGGGCAACGAUUACAUCUGGUGCUGUAAAUUCUGAAACACUUCUAGGAAGGUUUAUCAAGGAGAUCAAACAAGAAGAACAAUCUAAGAUUGUAGUGGCAACGAAGUUUGCUGCACUGCCAUGGAGGUUUGGCCGAGGGAGCGUUGUCAAAGCACUCAAGGAUUCUCUGGAGCGUCUCAAUCUUUCGUCUGUCGAUUUAUAUCAGCUCCACUGGCCAGGCAUAUGGGGAAAUGAAGGAUAUCUCGACGGUCUUGGUGACGCUGUGGAGCAAGGACUCGUAAAAGCCGUAGGAGUUUCCAAUUACAAAGUGGACAGGCUUAAGAGGGCUCACGACCAGCUGAAGAGACGAGGAGUUGUCCUGGCAUCGAAUCAAGUAAACUACAGCUUGAUCUAUCGAAAACCAGAGGAAAACAGCGUCAAACAAGCCUGUGACGACCUGGGAAUCACACUCAUAGCUUAUUCUCCGAUCGCUCAAGGUAUCUUGAGCGGGAAAUACACGCCAUCAAAUCCACCAAAAGGACCCAGGGGAGGAAUCUACAAUGCGGAGUUCCUGUCAAAGCUCUCUCCUGUGCUAAACAAGCUCAAGCAACUAGGAGAAAAGUAUGGCAAGACAUCCACACAGGUAGCUCUCAAUUGGCUGGUCGCACAGAAGAAUGUGGUUCCCAUUCCAGGUGCCAAGUCGGCACAACAGGCGAUUGAAAUCGCGGGGGCUCUCGGAUGGAACUUAACAGCCGACGAAGUUGAGGAACUCCGGGACAUUGCAAAGAGAGUUUCUCCAGUGGUUGGAUUUCCCGUCGAGAACCUGUGAAGGCUUCCUUGUCUAGUUCUUGGAGAAUCUAAAGCUUCUUUCUCUUGAUA